UGUGAUUGUGUCCUCAGCUGAGAGUAUUUUCUAUGUUUGACUUAUCACGUUAAUAAAUAUAUCGAUUGAACUAGAAGAUGCUGUUUUGAUUCGACAUUCAAGCUCCGAGUUCUUCAACUUUUCCCACCAUUACUACUGCAGACCGGAUAAAGAUAUCUAAGGAAGAACCAACAGGGAAGUCUUCCUGGUCCAUCUAUCUUGGCAGCUGCUAACUGAGAUCGUUACUACAAAACAUAUCCCACACGCUCCAUCCUUUGAGACCCAAGGACGUUGUGAGCAGAACUGCAAUAAUCUUGUCAGAGAAGACGGAUGGAGAGUUAUGCAGAGAUCCUCUUAGCCAUUUUGAAGAAGUUGAAAGAGGAAGAAUUUAAGACAUUCAAGUGGUACCUGGGGAAUUGCUGGGACCUAAAAGACGUCCCAGUAAUCUCAAAGAGUCUACUGGAGAAUGCUGAAAGGAUGGACAUAGUGGAUGAGAUGGUUCAGACCUACUAUACAGACACUAUGACUGUGGCCAGAUAUGUUUUAAAAAAGAUGUCAAGGAAUUAUCUGGUGGCGGAAUUAUCAAAGGUUAUAUCCGAAUCUACAGGAGCACAAUCAGCCAAUCAGAUCCCUCUUGCAGCAGCCAAUCCGAUCCUUCUUGCAGCAGCCAAUGAGUUCCCUCCUGAAGCAGCCCAUCAGAUCCCUCCUGAAGCAGCCAAUCAGAUCCCUCCUGAGUGUGUGGACAUGGUGACAGAGGUCAGAGGGUUCACUGACCCACAGAAGGAGGAGUACUUCAGGAAGAGAUUCAGAGAUGAGAAGCUGGUCGAUACAAUCAUCUCCCACAUCAAGACAUCACGAAGCCUCCACAUCAUGUGCCACAUCCCAGUCUUCUGCUCGAUCACCGCUACAGUUCUGGGGGAGGUGUUGAAGACCGGAGAGGGAGGACAGCUGCCCAAGACCCUGACUGAGAUGUACAUCCACUUCCUGGUGGUUCAGUCCAAAGUGAAGAACGUCAAGUAUGAAGGAGGAGCUGAGACAGAUCCACACUGGAGUCCAGAGAGCAGGAAGAUGAUCGAGUCUCUGGGAAAACUGGCUUUUGAGCAGCUGCAGAAAGGCAACCUAUUGAAUGAAUCCGACCUGACGGAGGGUGGCAUCGAUAUCAGAGCAGCCUCAGUGUUCACACAGAUUGUUAGAGAGUACCAGGAGGAGGCGUUCUGCUUAGUGAAUCUGAGUGUUCAGGAGUUUUUGGCUGCUCUUCAUGUCCAUCUGACAUUCAUCAACUCUGGUGUCAAUCUGAUAGCAGAAGAACAAACAACCUCCCAGUUUUCUAAACAAUCAAGAGACAAACCUAAACUAACUCCUCUUCACCAGAGUGCUGUGGACAAGGCCUUACAGAGUCCAAAUGGACACCUGGACUUGUUCCUCCGCUUCCUCCUUGGUCUUUCACUAUACAACAGUCAGAAACUCCUUCAAGGCCUGCUGAAACUGUCUAAGCUCUCAAAGACCAAUCAGAAAACAGUGAAUUACAUCAAGAAGAAGAUCACUGAGAUUUCCUGUGCAGACCAAAGCAUCAACCUGUUCCGCUGUCUGAAUGAACUGAAUGAUUGUUCUCUUGAGGUGGACAUCCAACAGCACCUGGUAUCAGGAAGUCUCUCCACAGAUCAACUGUCUCCUGCUCAGUGGUCAGCUCUGGUCUUCAUCUUACUGUCAUCAGGAAAAGAUCUGGAUGUGUUUGACCUGAAGAAAUACUGUGCUUCAGAGGAGGCUCUUCUGAGGCUUCUGCCAGUGGUCAAAGCCUCCAACAAAGCUCUGCUGAGUGGCUGUAACCUCUCAGAGAGAAGCUGUGAAGCUCUGUCCUCAGUUCUCAGCUGCCAGUCCUCUAGUCUGAGAGAGCUGGACCUGAGUAACAACAACCUGCAGGAUUCAGGAGUGAAGCUGCUGUCUGCUGGACUGGAGAGUCCAAUCUGUACACUGGAAAUUCUCAGGCUCAGCGGCUGUGACCUCUCAGAGAGAAGCUGUGAAGUUCUGUCCUCAGUUCUCAGCUCUCAGUCCUCUAGUCUGAGAGAGCUGGACCUGAGUAACAACAACCUGCUGGAUUCAGGAGUGAAGCUGCUGUCUGCUGGACUGGAUAGUCCACACUGUACACUGGAAUCUCUCAGCCUGUCAGGCUGUCUGGUCACAAAGGAAGGCUGUGCUGCUCUGGCCUCAGCUUUGAGGUCCUCCCGUCUGAGAGAGCUGGACCUCAGCUACAACCAUCCAGGAGACUUUUGUUGGUCACAGGAAAAGAUGCGAGCCUUACCUAAGAUCUGUAUGGAUCACUGUGGAAUUCAAAGACUGAAACCUGGCGUUAGGAAGUACUCCUGUGAACUCACACUGGUCCCACACACAGCACACAGAAACCUCAAAGUGUCUGACAGCAAUGGAAAGGUCACACGGAUGAAAAAGGAGCUGAAAUAUCCUGAUCAUCCAGACAGAUUUGACAACUGGAAACAGCUGCUGUGUAGAAACGGUCUGACUGGUCGCUGUUACUGGGAGGUGGAGUGGACAGGACUGGUUCAUGUAGCAGUGACUUACAGAGGAAUCGGAAGGAAAGGAAAGGGAUUUGACUGCAGGUUUGGAAGGAAUGAUCAGUCCUGGUGUCUGAACUGCUCCGAAAAUGGUUUCACUGUGUUGCACGAUAACAAAAGCACAGACGUGCGUCUCCAAUCGUCCUCUGGUAGAGUAGCAGUGUAUGUGGAUUGUCCUGCUGGCUCUCUGUCCUUCUACAGAGUCUCCUCUGACACACUGAUCCACCUCCACACCUUCAGCACCACCUUCACUGAACCUCUUUAUCCUGGGUUUGGCAUCUUGAUGCCUGGUUCCUCUGUGUCUCUGUGUCGUAUGUAG